AUUGUACUUCCGGCACAAGAUAUAAACUUCCGCCCUGCUCUCUGUCAGGUCUUUUUCUGAGACCUGAGUCAAUAUGGGCCGUGUGAGGACGAAGACCGUGAAGAGGGCUUCUCGACUCAUCAUCGAGAAGUACUACACCCGACUGGGCAGCGACUUCCAUGUCAACAAGAGGGUGUGUGAGGAGAUCGCCAUCAUCCCCAGUAAGCCUCUGCGCAACAAAAUAGCAGGAUACGUGACCCAUCUGAUGAAGAGGAUCCAGAGGGGCCCAGUCAGAGGCAUCUCCAUUAAACUCCAGGAAGAGGAGAGAGAGAGGAGAGACAACUACGUCCCUGAGGUCUCUGCUCUGGAUCAAGAGGUCAUCGAGGUCGAUCCCGACACCAGCGAGAUGCUGAAGAUGCUGGACUUCGGCGGCCUCUCAACACUGCAGGUUACUCAACCACCCGCCGGGAUGAACUUCAAAACUCCCAGAGCCUAAUUACUCAGUUAACCAAGAAAUAAAGCCACAUUCUCUCAAA